GAAAUGUCAUUAUCAGAUGAUAAGAUGAUAAUGGUAGUCAAGAGUUAUCUCGUAAACAUCAGUCCAUCAAAAAUUAUUCAAGAUAAACGUCGCCAAGUUAACAUAAAAUUAUAAUAACUCGUAUAAAAUGGAAGUUUUGAAGAGACUAAAUCAUGUUCAGGGUAGGCUUUUGGUAUGGGGUGACCCAUUUUCUGAAUCGGCAUCGGAAGUUAUCGUCUGUAUCACAGGAAACCCAGGAAUUAUAGACUUCUAUGACAUUUUCUGUUCAGAAUUGAACACAAAUACUGGACUUCCCGUUUGUCUAGUUGGUCAAAGUGGCCAUGAUAUUAUUCCAAAUGAGCGGUCAUAUUCUUUGCAAAAUGAAGGGUAUUUAUUUGAUCUCAGAGGACAAAUUGAACAUAAACUUGACCUCAUCAAUAACCAUAUUCACAAAGAUUGUAGAUUGCAUUUAAUCGGCCAUUCCAUUGGAGCCUGGAUGAUAUUGGAAUCAAUACAGAAAAAUGAACAGUUAAUGGAGAGGGUUGCAACUAUUAAUUUACUAUUUCCUACAUUACAAGAAAUGGCAGUAACUAAAAAUGGCCCUUUUGUCAAUACGUUAAGAAAAAUUCACUCGAUUGCUAUAUUCCUUCUUAUCCUAUUUAAUAUGUUGCCAAGAUUUGUUCUUGGUUUAAUAGCUAAAACUUAUUUACUAUUUAGAAAUAUGCCAUUUCAUUAUACAGAUCGUCUGAUUAAAUACGUAAACCCAAAUAUUUUGGAUAAAGUAUUAUUUCUGGCAUAUGAUGAAAUGGAUACAGUUAGAAGUCUCAAUACAAAGGCAAUCGCAAAUGUAAAAUCUGUGACAAACGUAAUCUAUAGCCAGGAUGAUGGUUGGGUCCCAUUAAAAUAUAUGGAAGACUUAAAGAAAUUCUUGCCAUUGGAACGAAUGACAGAAGUAGCAUAUACACAUGAAUUUGUACUAAAAUCAUCUAAAGAAGUAGCAGCAUUGGUGUCAGUUCACAUAAAUUUAAAUAAAAAGUAGAUGGGCUACAAAUAGAUUUAAAAAAAAAACGUUUAGAUAUUACGUAAGUAUUUUUGGGCUUUACGGCUCGCACAGGGUACGGUAAGAAUUAAAAGGAUUACCUACUAAGUACAAGAUGAAUGUACGAGUAUUAAGUAGGUAUAGUCCUUGAAAAAGGGGGUGCCUGGGAGAAAUUUAUAGGAGCGUGGGGUGGCCAAACGAAGGGUAUUGCAAUCUAUUUUAUUUUCCUGAAAAAAUAAUUUGAUACUUCAUUUUGGGAUAUGAACAUUAUUUGCUUAUAGUAGUUAGGGAUGUGAUAGGUAGGUACUUUGGGAAAAGUUUUUGAGGUUUAUGGUCCCUACGAUAUCCCGAAAGUCAAGUGAUCGAUUUUCAUUUUAACGAAAACUAUUG